UAAAAUGACGAAGCCUGUUGCGGAUAGCUUUAUUGUUUGUGUGCAAUGACGACUGUUGCUGAUUUAUGGUUGUACCCUCCUGACGAAGCCUGUGUUGCGGAUAUGAAUUUGUCAUUAUUUUAUUAAUGCUUGAUUUUGAUUAAAUAAAUAAUUAUUAACAAAAAAAUAUAUGCCUGUUUGUUUGUCUGCAGAUAAUUUACAAAUAUGGAGUCAACAAGCCUGACGUACAGUCACCUCUACGAGCUGCCAACCGCCACAACGGCCUUAGACCUCGCCCGCAACGAUACAGGCAACGCUACGCGUAACGCGCCGGGGAACGCGUACGAAUGGCGCUUCAUACUGCCGCCAUAUGUCCUCAUUUUCAUGCUGUCCAUAUCUGGGAACUGUCUGGUGAUAGCGACGCUGGCUUAUAAUAAGACGAUGAGAACGGUCACCAACGUAUUCUUGCUUAAUUUGGCCAUAUCAGACUUCAUGCUGGGAGUCUUCUGUGUGCCGUUCACGCUUAUUGGACAGAUUUACCGGAGAUUCCUCUUCGGACCAGUUCUAUGCAAGAUAAUACCCUUUUUUCAAGCCGUGUCGGUGUCCGUUGACGUAUGGACGCUGGUCGCCAUUUCCCUAGAAAGAUACUUCGCUAUCUGCCGACCUCUUAAGUCCCGCAAAUGGCAGACGCAGUCCCACGCCUAUAAGAUGAUCGCCCUCGUGUGGCUUCUGUCCCUCGUGCUGAACUUCCCAAUACUCAUCGUUUCUACCUUACAGCCCAUGAGAGAAACUGCCUACUACAAGUGCCGGGAGGUUUGGCCAAACCUCGAGCUGGAGAGGGCCUUCAGCUUGGGUUUAGACGUGGCGCUACUGAUCAUCCCUAUCUUCGUAAUGGUGUUCGCUUACUCGCUCAUCGUCACCAAGCUCUGGAGGGGAAUGCAGCAUGAAAUUAAGCACAACUACAGGUGGCAACGGCAGCGUAAGUACCGAGCGCUUUUUUGUGUUCUGUCGUCAUUUUUAUACCCGUGCUUUUUUUUGGUCUCGUUGGAAGAUCAACGCAGGAAGCCAGAAUCAUUAUCUGAUAAAUUGACUGACCGGGACACAGGAAGUAACUCAACUGAAACCUGCUGCAAAAACGGGCCAGAUGAAAAAAAGAGCACUAAAAUUUGUCAUCUACCUAGCCUAUUCUGUUGGAUACUUCACUUAAGAUUCGUAUUUCAGUUGGAACUGCAGCUUAUUAGAAUUCCAGAUAAUUAUGCCUAUUUUCAGGAUUCGAAUACGAACUUGGUGAAAGAGUCGACGCUCGACACGAGCACAACGGACUUAGACUUCAGACACGCCGUCCGGUCUACACACACUGAAAAAAGCAUUGAGGCUAAAAGAAAAGUAAUAAGAAUGCUUUUUGUUAUAAUAUUGGAGUUCUUUAUCUGCUGGACACCACUUCAUGUAAUAAAUACAAUCUACCUAUACUACCCACAGGAAUUAUACAAUAACAUUGGCUCCAAAGGCAUCACAUCCCUGCAACUGUUGGCGUUCUGCUCAUCGUUUAGCAACCCUAUAACAUACUGCUUCAUGAAUCGCAGGUUCCGCCAGGCUUUCAUCUGCCUCAUCAAGAAUUGCAGACUAUUUAAGAAUUGCUUCGAUAAGAAGCCGGAGUGCAAGCAGGCAACACCUCCACCUUCCAGCCAGGAGCAAGUCACGGCUUGCGUGGUCCGUGGUGGCAGUCACACUGCACGCUCAGGUAUUUAUAAUAUUCCUUAUUUAAGGGUAGGCAGGAGAGUUUAGGGACCGAUUUCUCGAUAUUAUUAGUCCACGAACUGUGAAGUAGUAUGAGUUAACAUGGCUACACACUAGUAAUAUAUAUAUAUAUAUAUACAUAUAUAUAUAUAUAUAUAUAUAUAUAUAUAUUUUUUUUUUUUUUUUUUUUUUUUUUUUUUUUUU